CCAUUCCUUUCCUUCUUUAAUAAACAUGGCUGAACUGAAAACGGACCGUGAAUUAAAGGACUGAACGCGUAUGCUCUGGUUGCAGCUUAGCCACAGGACUCCGAUACAUUCAAACUGUUGAUUUACUGAGAUGACUAAACAUGGAGUGAUUGUUUCGGGUGGCAUAAACCAUAGCACAAAAAGCAGGAAAAGUUGAGAGUUUGACAGCCGCGAUCGAAGAGACUUUAACAGGACAGAUCAGAUACAGCUGAGACCCAACGCUUCUGCAUCACCACCACCAUAAACCAAACAGGGCUUUUGCGUUUAUGGAAAUCAUGUUUUUGCACACGUACUCUGCUGAAGAACCCGUGGACUAGAUGCUAAAAAGUCACCUAAACAGUUCAAACGGGCUCAUUUUGAAGUGGAUGGAUUUGCAGUUUGAUCCGGGUUUCGCACAUUUAUCGUGUCGCGCUGUUUAAACGAUGUUCUCUGGUAAACAAACUAAGCCGACUUUUAAGUCUUAUCUUCCUCCUCUUCAGACUGAUGUGAAGAGAAGCCCCCAACUUCCCAUCAAGAAACUCGAAGCAAAACUUCUUCCAGGUGAGAUAGUUGUGAACGAAGCAAACUUUGUGAAGAAAUGCAUAGGAGGAGAAACCUGUCAGGAUGACCUUUGGGGGAAGCUUGUCUGUACCAACUUCAAGGUUUCCUUCAUUGCCCACAAUUCCUUGCCACAGCAGAGGUUCCAGUGCGCACACCGUCUCCUGGGAGAGCAUGAUGUCCCGCUGGCGUGUGUGGAGCAGGCAGUGACGGUGAAUGAUGCAAAGGGGAAGCAGAAGGUUUUAGGAUCCAAUCAGAAGCUGAAGUUUAACCCCACUGAGCUCAUCUUAUACUGCAAAGACUUCCGCAUCAUUCGCUUCCGCUUCGAUGAGGCUGGACCUGAGAGUGCCAAAAAGGUAUGUCUGGCCAUCGCUCAUUACUCCCACCCUGCUGACCCACAGCUGCUCUUCGGAUUCGAAUACGUCGGAAAACGAUACCACGGAUCAACAGGUGAGCGGGUGAAUGGUGUUGACCCUGGUGGGGGGCUGCAGACCCCUCUCUUCGACUGUUCUUCUGACUGGGACAGAGAGAUCAAGCGCACAGGCGCCUCUGAAUGGAGGGUGUGUACCAUCAAUCAAGGUUAUUUCAUCUCGCCCAGUCUCCCAGAGUUCUUUGUGGUUCCGGUAUCUCUAGCAGAUCAGGAUCUGAAGCAGUACGCCUGCUACUUUAACUCUCAGCGUAUCCCGUUAUGGUGUUGGAAUCACCCCAGUGGCAGUGCUCUGGUCCGCAUGUCUAACAAUAGUGACCCACAACAACAGAGGAAGGUGGAACAGAGGAUUUCCAGUGCCAUAACUAAAAGCCACCCCCUGCGCAGUGACGUCUUCAAAUCAGAUCUGGACAAAAACCUCCCGAACAUCCAGGAUAUACAGGCCGCUCUUCUGAAACUGAGACAAAUCUGUGUUAUAGAGCCCUUUGAGGAGUCCGAAGAGAAGUGGCUUUCUUCUUUAGAGAGCUCAAGAUGGAUAGAGUAUGUCAGGACGUUUCUGCGACACGCAGUGGAGGUCGUCUACAUGCUGGACAGCAGACACGUCUCUGUCAUUCUUCUAGAAAAGGAGGAUCGUGACCUGAGCUGUGUGAUUUCCUGUCUGGUGCAGCUGAUGUGUGAUCCUCACUGCAGGAGUCUGCACGGCUUCCAGGGUCUCAUCCAGAAGGAGUGGGUGAUGGCUGGACAUCGCUUCCUGGACCGCUGCAACCAUCUUAAGAAGAACGACAGAGAGGAGUCUCCUGUGUUCCUGCUGUUUCUGGACUGCGUGUGGCAGCUGUGGAAUCAGUAUCCAGCGGCGUUCGAGUUCACUGAGGUGUACCUGACCGUACUGGGGGACAGUAUGUGGCUUCCCAUCUUUAGUACCUUCCUCUUCAACUGCCCCCGACAAAGAGCAGAGCACAGCAGGGAUUUUGCCAUCAGUAAGAGCAUUCAUCUGGGACAGGACCAGGCUCUCCGCUUUCCUCCUGUGUGGGACUGGUCUCAGCAGUUUAGUCUUAAAGACCAGACUCUCUUCAACAAUCCGUUGUAUGUUGGCAAGAUUGCUACCUGUGUGCAGAACGGCACUGUGAAAACAUUCACACACAGACGCAGCAAGAAAAACUACAGUUCCACAUUGCGAGGUUUGCCCUCCGCCCUCCGAAAUGGAUCCUUCAGCCAUCACGACACCCUGACACGGAGGAACUCCCUUGUGCUGCGUCUCCGCCCCGAUUUGUCACAGACACGGGAGCAGCCGGAGAGCCCCUCUGAGCGCUUCGUUCGGGACUGGUUCUCUCGUCCCGCCGACCUACAGGGCCUUCUGCUUCCCCAGCUCCUGCCGUCUCACCUGUCUCUCUGGAAGCUCUACUUCCUGCGCUGGGUCCCCGAGAUACAGAUUCCACAAGGUGGUCCCGUCACCGCCUUUCACAAACUCUCUGUACUUACAGAUGAGAUCGAGAUGCUGCAGAACCAGCUAAGACAGUAUAAAGGGGCCGGAGGAACUCCUAACAACACUCACGUGGAGCACAGCAAAAUGUACUUCAAGGCGACCUCGACUCCUCAUCAGUCCCAUGGUCCCCCGGAGUACCUCAGCUCUUCUUUCCCGUUCUCCCCCGUGGGUAACCUGUGUCGCCCUGGUAUCUUGGGGACUCCUCUUAGGAAAUUCCUCAACGGGGCCAAGAUCUGGCUGUCUACUGAGACGCUGGCUAAUGAGACGAUUUGAGGUCCAUGUGGGGAGGAGUCUGAGGUCAUAUCAUGUUUCAGGACGACAGAUCAAAUCGCUGUCAAGAGAGACGAGCGUGAAGAUGUCCGAAGAUAUUCUCCGUUUUGUUCGUGAUUGUGUUGCCGUGAGGUACUGACAGUUACUUGGACAGUCUGUUGCGAGUUCUCAGUCGUGGGUGGGUGGGAUAUUUUUAUUUUUUGCACAUGAAUAAAAAUAUAGCUCCAAUCGCACAUCUUCCUGAUUGUAAGGAUUUGUUCUACACUGCUGUGUGAACUAUUUUUCUGAUGUUAAACUGUUGUUGGAUCUGUGUGGAGCUUGUGGCAUUAGCUGGGAAGGAAGAAGAACUUUAAAUUAAAUCUAUAUUAAAAGUGUGUAUAUUUUAACUUUUUAUCCUAACCUUGUUUUAGACUUCCUAAAACCUUCUGGUAAGGUCUAACCGUAGUUAGCGUUGUUAAAAUGAAUAACCAAAAUUGUGAAAACUUGAUGUAGGAAGUGACUGUGUUUACCAGUGUAAACCUAAAUAGCAGGCAAGCGUGCACAAGGAGGUCUUUCAGACGGGCUGGGUCUCAGUCUGUUAGACCCCGCCCAGAAUGACUGACACCUGCUUGAGCCAAUCAGCUGGUUGAUUGGACAUGGCAUAGGUGUGGUCCAUGUCUUGACGUGUUUGUAAGAGACAAAUUAUAGACCACUUUGCAAGAUGUAAAUGCUGGUUCACUGGUUUCAUUUUACUUUUUUAAAUCUUACAUUUAAUUAAAUCUUGAAGAUAUACAUUUUGAUUUGGUUAUAAAUGUUGUAUUAAUUAUAUUCUGUUCAAACAUUUCUGCGGUGUUAAAAAACUGCAACAGAAUGUUCUUAUGGACCAGCGUUGUUUACGUCUUCUGAAGUGGUCUAUAAUUUAAGAACCUUAAUGCUAAUAAAUUACAGAACCUGUGAAUUUUUGCUUUUAUUUGGUUUUAGGUUCCUGGGACUGUAAUAUUUUUUCUUUUGAUCAUAUGUAGCCUUUUCAGAAACAUUUUACGAUAAUACAAUUUUGUUUGCUUUUAAUUAUGGUUGGGGACUGUAUUCUUUUGUACAGAGUUAAAAUUGUAUUUUUCCUAGAAUUGGUACUGACCUUUAUUUCUCCUUAAAAGCCUUUAGCUAGAUUAAAAGAAUGCACAGUAUGUGUAUAGUUUACCACUAAUGCUGUUAAGUAUAUGAAAACCGUGUUUCUCCUAGUGACUUGGUUUGAUUUCUCAAACAGCCCUGAUAUUUAUUCAGUUAUGCAAAGAAACUUAAACAGGGAUGUUGUUAGAUCUUCUGUGCCUUGCUUUGAAUUGCAGUGUUUCUGUUCUGUUUAUUAAAACAUGCGAAGAGUUCCCCCUCUGGUGUGUGAAUGGGAUAGCGCUGACUAAUUUCAAAGCUUUGUAUGGAAGUUGGUGGUCAGUUGGGUCCACGGGAGGACUCGAAGCUUCUUGGGUUCCUCUGAGCUCAGUAGUUUUUCUUUGCGGUGACAUGCAAAGAUGUUUUAGAAAUUCAUGCAAAUAAAGAGAACUUGGACAAUUGACCUGUUUUAUUAUUCUUCAUAACUUAAACCGAGUACAUAGUGAUAGGAUUUUCAUUUUUGGGUGAACUGUCAUCAUUUACAAAAAAGAUAUUUUGAAGAAUGUUGAUAACUGAACAACGGUAGAACCCAUUCACAAAACCAAUGCAUGUCAAUGGGUAUCGCCGUUUUUCAGUUACCAAAAUAUCUUUUUAUGUUCUGCGGAAGAAAGUCAUACAGGUUUGAAUUAACAAGAGGGCGAGUAACUGAUGACAGAAUUGUUAUUUUUAAGUGAACUAUUCCUUUAAAACUAAACGUACUAGUUGCCCAGGCAGAGAAAGAGACCACAUUUGCUGUAUUGAAAAUGGCUGUAAUCUGAGCUAGUAAACAGUACCGAGCAACUACCUAA